GCUGAGGUAGUGAAAAGUCACUAAAGCAAAACUUCAAAGCUUGUGUUGAUGGCUGCCACAAAUGAUACAUUGGUUCCUCUGGAAUGUUUGCUUCCUGCAGGGAAACUGAAAUAUUGUCUGUUAAUUCUCAAUCAACCUAUGGAUGGUGAUCAAUUUCAGCGCCUGUGGAGUAAAGCUGUUGUUCGUGCAUGCGCCGAUGGUGGAGCAAACCGGCUGUAUGAGCAAACUGAAGGAAGGCAAGACAGGUAUCUGCCUCAUUUCAUCACUGGAGAUUUUGAUUCGAUUAAACCGGAAGUAAAAGAAUUUUACAAAGUCAAGAAGUGUGAAAUUAUUGACACACCAGAUCAGGACCUCACCGACUUCACAAAGUGCUUACAAAUACUACUUCAGAAAGUGAAGGACCAAGGACUAGAGGUCGACAAUGUUGUCGUGCUCGGUGGACUUGGCGGACGUUUGGACCAGAUCAUGGCCAGUGUGGAGACACUUUUUCAUGCCACAAAGUUAACUAAGCUCCCAGUUAUCAUCAUUCAGGAGACAUCUCUGGCCUAUUUACUGCAGCCUGGUCACCAUAGACUGUGCGUUGACACAGGACUAGAGGGGAAGUGGUGCGGCCUUAUCCCAGUGGGAAGUCCAUGCAAUGUGACAACAACUGGCCUCAAGUGGAAUCUGAAUUGCGAGUUCAUUUCUAUAACUGCUGUCACUGUGACUACUUCAGACGUGGAAUCAAAGAGCUUGCACGUCAUGACUCUUCACCUUGUUUAAUCAGACCGGAACCAAUAUUUCUCAGUCCAAAAAUGUAAAUGUGGUAACAUGGAAAGGACCUCGAGUGCAAGCCUGAUUUUAUAAUAGUGUUUUAAAAUAUUAUUGGUCAUAUAUCACACUAAAAUCUCCAUAGUAUAUUUAAUGGAAAAUGUUAUUUCAUUAAUAACAGUUCAAAGCAAGGUGAUUGCCCUUCCUCCAACACUGAACAUUAACAUUUGCAGUAUUUCCUAUCUGAAAAGGAGAUACUCCCCCAGCUUCCUAAUGAGAAA